AUGAGAUACAGACCUUUUACAGAAGAUCAUGCCACCUACAUUGCUAAUCCAUUGAUCUUUUUGUUGAACCUGGCUGUGGAUGAACAGAAAGGGAAAAUUACCGAAAAAGUCAUUCUUUCAAUGACAGCAAAGGAAUGCCAUAAGGCACAAGAAGAAGUGAACAGGCUGAUUGAUGAAUUGCAGACAGCUAUCAAAAGCAACAGAGGUCAUCUCUCUAAACUUGGCCCCCAAUUACAGGCUGAGCAGGAGCAAUUCUCCUCUUAUGUCAACGAACACAUUAAAAGCCUUCCAGCAAACACUCUUAUCCCAGGAGGCCUGCAGCUCAAGAUAUUUGAAAAUGGUAAAGACACUGGAGAGAUCUCUGUUUGUAUCAGUGAAAAAGAUCUGGGGCCCAAUAGCCCAAUUCAAACUGGCUAUAUGAUGGAAAGAUUACUUUUCAAGAUUCAUCGAAGACUUCAAGGUUCUUCCAUCAGCCCACCAGGCCUCAAUUUUUCUUCAAUCCGGCUUUUUGACGAGUACGGUCAAGAAAUUAAGAAUCCACUUUCGCUGAAGAAUGAGCAAAAAAUUUGGGUCUCUUAUGGUAAAGCAUACAGAUCUCCACUAAACCCUGUUUUGGGUUUGACCUUUGACCAGGUGACUGCAUUUGCCAGAGGUGGCAUUACAGUCGCAUAUAAAACCUUCUUGGAUCCUAAUGCUGUUCUGCUACUGGGAUGUGACAGUUGGGAAGUUUGUGAGGGAUUUCCAAUUAAUUUCAAUGGCAUCAGUCAACAGAUACCUGAUCAAUUUGAAAAGGUGGACUUGGAGAACCAUUUCCUACAGAACAAGGUGAACCCCAAUAUUGUCCUUCAUGCCUCUGUUUCCAUCAGAAAGUGGAAUUUCUCAAGUGGUGAAGAGAGCAGUGGGACUCACAUAGCACCAUCCACCCUGUGGCCUGCAGCCAGCGUGUGGCUGAUCACAAAGACUGGAAUGAUCCUGAGCCGAGCGAUAACUCAGGGCUGCCUAGCUAUUGGUCAUCCAGUCAGAGUCAAGGCCACUGAGGGAACAUCACUAGAAGGAUACAAGUUAAUCCUACAGAACAGACAUAAAGGAGAUGAUUCUCAGAAGUGGGUGUUUGGAACUGACGGUUGCAUUUAUUCUAAGGCUUAUCCUCAGUUUGUCCUGACCUACCUAGAGGAGCUAAACGCACAUGACGUGACCCAGACAGAGUAUCACCUUCACCAUGGUGCCUGGACCACAGCUCAUCAGGAACAUGGCAGCAGCUUGGCAGAAGAGGUUCUGCAAAAAAGUGCCAGUGUCCCUGGUCUGAAGCAGCUGCCAGAGCCUUCAGAGACCCACUUAAUGCCAGAAGGUUCUCUUGGGGAGACAAGGGAGCUGACGGUGGCUCUGGUGAAGAAACUGGAAGAGAAACAUCCUAAGGCUUCUGCUCAGAGGUGGGCCAUAAAACAUGAAGGGACUGGUAAGCCAGGCCAGUGGAAACAUUCCAGAGUUGAAAAUCCGCUCUGGAAUAAGCUUACCUACAUGUGGCCAGUCCUUCCCAGUGGCCAACUUAAUGAGGAGUUUGAUUGGCCAAUAGAAGGGCUGCUUCUUCCAAACGGUCCUCCCAUGAAGAAACCCAUCUCUAAGACACUAGAGCAAUAUGUCCCUGUGAGACUCAGAGUUUUGCGGAAUGGAGACAAGAACAAAACCAGAGCCCUUAUUAUAAUCAGUCCAGACAUCUCACCUAGGCAGAAAAUGCAGUGCACUGAAAUUUUAAAUUUACCUUCUGCAGCUCGGAGAUUGUUCAGUGAAAAGGGGAAGGAAAUCUUUGCCCUAAAAGACCUUCAAAGAGAUGAACUGGUGUAUGUUUCAUGUGGAGAACACUGGAUCAAUCCUGAUCUGUCCAUUGCUCAGCAGAAGAAGCAGAUCUUCCUGAGGAACUUAGCAUCAGAUAUUUCUAAAAUUCAAACUUUCUGCAGUACACGUAAGAUAGAGGCUCUUGUUUUAGAAGUCCAAAGUGACAUUGUGUUGGGAGCCAAGCUUGUUGUGCGGAAACCAAUUUUUGGAGAAGAGAAGCAAAUUAUAGAACCAGAGGAAAAGCAAGUGCAAAAAAAUGCUUUAACAUCGGGAAAUGCUUCCAGUGAAAUUCUAGAUUCACAUGCAAGAGCCCAUCUCCGAAUGAAGGCUUGUCACACACUCCUCAGGUAUGCCUGGCAGGAAACUUCUCAUAACUUUGAUGAAGAUGACAGUCUUCCAAAGAAAAUGGAAGAAGAGCUCUUUGAAAAUGUGGAACCAGAGAAGAAAUACAGCCAUUCUCCAAAACAGAGUAAACUGCAGAAGGUGUGCCACCAGCAGUUUGAAUACAGAGAUGGGCAAAUUAUAAGCUAUGCUUCUCCUCAGCUAGUCUUGGGGGUGCAAGGCCCCAGCCUGCGUUCAGGCAUGGAGGUUGUUUUGGUGGAGAAAAAAGCAGAUGAUAGUCAUCAACACUGGAGGUACAAGGAAGACAGCAGGACCUUUCACCUGGUGAGUAACCCAGACCUGGUGCUGGCAGUGUCUAUGACCAAGGCUGGAGAUGAAGUCUGUGGCUAUCCGGUUAUUGCUCAGAAAUACAAACCACAUAACAAUGGGACUUCUAAUCAAAAGUGGAAUUACAUGACAAAUAUGAAAGCUUUUAUGGCCUUUCAUAGCACUACACUGGAUAAGGAAGUCACAGCAGCAAAUUAUGCUGGUAUUUGUACAUCCUCUGUGAUUAAAGAGAAACACAUUGAUCAACCAGGAUACUAUUAUCUCUCACCCAGUGGAAAGAAAAAAACAAUGCUCUGUUUGGCAUGUGGGCAAUCCAUGAGAGCAGAGAAGAGACUGAAACAGUUGCUUCCAGGGCUGCCAUUCCUCUGUGCCUCAGGCUCCGAGACCCAGAAGCCCUUCUCACAAGGACCUUUCAAGGUCAUCGAUGUGGCCAGAGCUGAUUUAUCUUCUUAUGAGGCUGAAAACACUUUAAGUUAUUAUGAAGAACGUCUGUUAUCUUUACGGAUGAAGACCUGCACGCAAGUUGUAUCUCAUAGUGGCAUGGCAGUUACUCACCAGAAGGCAGUGAAAAUAAUUGCGUACAAAAAUGGAGAUGGAUAUCGAAAUGGGAAGUUAAUUGUGGCUGGAACAUUCCCCAUGCUGCUUGCAGAAUGCACGGAACAACUUGGUCUUGCCAGAGCAGCCUCCAAAGUAUAUACCAAAGAUGGAACCACAAUCCUUUCCUUGUGGGAUUUGGUUUUAUGGGCUCUUGAUAAAUCUUUUAUCCAGAGAGACUCUGAGGGACAAAAGGAAGAGGCAGCCCCUGUUGGAACAAAAGAGACACCUGUUAAAAGAACAACAAGAAUGAAAGUGAAAACCAAAUUAUUUCCAAAGUCUGUGACAUCUGAUAGUUUGGAUGAUAUAGAUAAGUCUUUGCUCACCCUCAUCCUCAGAAAUCCUAUUGCCAUCUGGGUAUCUUGCGGUGAACCAUUUCUAAGUCCGAAUGCUUUGAAGAAAGCAGAAAAAAUAAAAAAAAAGAACUGGCUAAAAAAGGACAAAAUUUUGGCUGAUCUAGACACUAUGAAACACAAACUGAGACAGUUAAAAGGGCGGCGGGUAGCAGCAUGUCAGCCAGCCACCAUGGUUCCCAACAAAAGCCCUGUGCAGCCGGUGGUAGUGGAAGGAGGCUGGACUAAGCAGACUCAAGAGGAAAUUAAACUCAUGGACCUUAUAAGACAUACAGAGGCACAGCUUUCUGAAGUCCAAGAACUGCAAUCCAAGGGAAAUUCUCCAACUGCACCUAAAUGUAUAUCAUUCGAGAGGAGCAGCUUGUAUAAGCAACCCGAUGCAAAACGAGCGUGGAUUUACCUAAAUGGAGGCAGACCUGAAGAUGGCACUUAUGCCCGGGGCAGAACUAUUUCAGAGCUGCUGAGUGACUGCUCCUCUCGUCUCAAACUGGCCCACCCAGCCAGAACACUGUACACCCCUGACGGAGAGCCAAUUCACUCGUGGGACAACAUAGAGCAAGACAUGGUCAUCUGUGUGUCCACAGGGCAUGGCUUUAGAACCCAAAGAGAGUUAAAGCAACUGGUGGAGGUCAGAGCAAAUUAUGCCCGAAUCCGAAGGCAGCAGGGCCCUCAGGCCACAGACGCUGUGUUGUCACCAUCCACAAAGCUUCAAUCUCUGGUACCUCUACACAGUGAAUUCCUGUCAGACCCAUCAUAG